AUGUCAACCCCAGAGGCUCAAGAAGCCGUCAUCAGCGAGCGUAUCGUCAAGCACAUGAAUGCUGACCAUGCCGACUCAGUGCGCAGAUAUCUUAAAGCCUUCAAACAGAAAUCCAUCUCCGAGGUCCGUGACGCGCGCCUGACGGGUGUCACGUUGAAUGAUAUGAAGUUCGAUUGUGGUAAACAGCAAGUCAUCAUCCCCCUAGACCCGCCCAUGAAAGCCAUGCGGGAAGCACGCGAGCGCCUCAUCCAACUUGACAAAGAGGCCCUCGACAUACUCGGGCUUACCGACAUUCCAAUCACCAAGUACACCCCGCCAUAUGCACCGGGUCUCCACUGGAUUCACUUGUUCAACUUUACGCAGUGCCUGAUCGUGCUCACCACGUUCUCUCGGAGGGCCAAUUUCAAAUCCGGAUCACUUAUACACGACAACAUACUAUCUCAUGUCCCCGGCUUUGGCGACUUCCUUUUCACGAUUCAACCGUAUCUUUUUUAUAUCAUGGUGGGCAUCCAUGCUACGGAGACGGUGUUCAUGGCCAGGAAACUAAACAGGCACGGGCUGACACCCUCUGAGCCGGUCUGGUGGGCCUGGAUGACAAGUUGCUUCGUCGAAGGCAAGACGUGCUGGAUGAGAUUGGAUGCUCAUAUUGAUGAGAAGCUGAAGGAGAGGGAGGCGAAGAAGCAUUGA